AUGGGACACGCUCUUAUGUUUCGGCUACUCAAAGGACCAUUUGCAAGCUAUGUUGAUGAAAAGCUGGGCUCCUUGAUGUUUCAUGCAAUGAUCAACUUCAUGAAAUCUGUUUCUCUUGAAGACGGCGACAAAGUUCAUAGAGCAGUGACAAUUGUUGAACAGAUGUGGAAUGUUGACAACAUGUUUAAGGAUUCUAACGGAAAUUGGGACAUUGGAUUGCGGAUCAAGCAUAGACUCUCCGCGGGUGUAGUCCAUGAGAUAGCUAUUCGCUGGAGAGAAAAGCACCUUAUGGAUCGGCCUGGGGGAGUCCGGCAAGAUAUUGCUGCUAUACCACCUCAGGCAACUGCUGUUCAUUCAUCCCAAACCGCGCCCGAAAAUGAACAAACUAAUUCUAUGGACUCUAUAGACGUGGACACAUUUACGGAGCCAUUGACAGGGUUUCUAGGGGACUUGGACUUUGAUCUGGAUAAGUUUUUGGACUCACAGUUUAUCUAG